AUGGGAGUCAUCAACUACUCGUGGGAGAUCACAAGUGUAGCUACACCAUCAGGGAUGUUCAAGGCUUUGGUCCUUGACUCCGACAACAUCCUACCCAAGAUUGCUCCCGAGGUCAUCAAAAGUGUGGAGUUCAUCGAGGGAGAAGGCAGAGUUGGCUCCCACAUCAAGUACAUGAAACACAAGAUAGAGGCUCUCAACACAGGUAGCUUUUAUUGCAAAUAUGCUAUGAUCGAAAGCGAUAUCAAGUUCGACAAGAUUGACUUCAUUGUGGAAGAAAUGAAAUUUGUCGCAACAAAUAGCGGAUACGUCUGUAAGAUGACUAGCGAGUACCACAUUCAGGAAGAUUGUGAGCUAAAGGAGGAGGAUAUCAAGAAAGGUAAAGACAAAGUUAUGGGAUUGUACAAGACUGUUGAGGAAUACCUCAUGGCCAACCCUAAUGUUUGCGCCUAA